UCGAGCUCGACGAGGAGCGAACGAACAGCGAGCGCGCGACAAAUAGUCUGUUCAUUUGUCUCUCAUGGCUUCGUCACCGGCUGACGCCCACAUCGAGCCCGCCGUCGAGUCGUCUGUCACCCGCCUUCUCGUCUCUAUAAAGCAGCUCCUCGAAGCCCUCACCCAAUGGAGCCAGCUCAAGGUCGACGAGAACGCGGUCAGCGAUGUAUACGUGCGUCUGGGCAACGACUUCAAUACAGCUGUGUUCGCAUUUGCGUCCUACCGGAUCGACAUGGCGGAGCUCCUAAGCGUGCCAGAUGACCUGCGGGGGGUGCUGGAGCAAUGCCUGGCAGAGGAGGCCAAUAACGAAAACCUGCAAAUGUAUCUGCCCACCGUGCGCCAGAUCAUCAAGAAUCUCCUGCAGGGUCUGCGCGAGAAGCAGUCCAUCUACCGCCGCAUCGUGUCCGAGCACAAGCACCGCUCCGAUGCGUCAGGCCACGAGCGCACAGAGAGCCGCAGCUCGCGCGGAUCUCGCAGCCACCGCUCGACGAGCUCGCGCGCGGUUGCUGAGGGCGCCGGCUCCGACGCAGAGAGCGUUCCCAGGCGCAGCACCCACUCGUCGCGCAGGCACCAGCCGUCAUCCUCCAUAUCCUCGAGGCCUGCAAACGAUCAUGACUUCAUUGGCGGAUUCUCCCCAAGUCUGAGCACGCCGGAGAGCCUGCCGAUGCAGAUGCCCAGUCCGCAUGCGCCGUCACCAAGACCUGAACCCAUACCAGAAGAUACGGGCGAACCUGAUCCCCCUCCGCCCGCGCAGUCCCCGCCUCCCGUACAGCCUGCAGUGCCCGCUAGCGUGAAGCGUUACUCACUUGUCGACAAGCCUACGCCGCCGCUGCCCCCUCCCAUGAUCAUCCAACCGGACAGUCCAAAUGAGGCGUCGUCGGAGAAGCCCUCAACGCCGCCUCCCCCAGAGACACCUCCCGCUAUAGAGCAGUCUCCGGCUAUCGCGAGCUCGCUGGCGGCUCUGAAGAAGAGCGACACCCUUGAACGUCGUGCGUCGAAGCGGUUCUCGACGUACCACAUCACCCGAAUGACGGGCAGUGGACGGGGCCCACCUGAACGAGGGACGCCUUCAAGACACGCGUCGAAUCGCAGGUCACUCGCUGCUGGGCCAACCCUUACGCCGGGUGAUCUGGCAGUCCUCACGGAGGUGGACGACGAAGAAGGGCAGACUACACCCGACGCAUCUCGUGCCCCCUCUCAGAACCGCUUCUCGCGAACAUCAACCCCGGACGCGAAGCCCGCGACCCCACCAGUACCUCCAUUGCCUGGCACUCCUGCGAAGACGCCCGAGCCGGUGUUGCCAUCUGUUAACGGCGUAUCGGAGGACAAGGCUCCGCAGAGAAAGUCCGUGCCGGGCGCGUUCACGGUGUUCCUGCAGGUCGGGCGGGAGGUGAAGAAGGCCACGAUUGAGCGCGGGUUGUCUGUCUCGUCCUUGCGCAUGCUGUUCGUCGACCGCUUCGCGUACAAUCCGGGGCAGGAGAACUUCCCAGCGAUCUACAUUCGUGAUCCUUCGAGCGGAGUGCAGUAUGAGCUUGAAGACAUGGAGGAAGUCACUGAGAAAUGUCUGCUGUCGCUGAACAUUGAACCCUUGGACCAGAUCAAGCAGCACAUCGACACCCAGAUGGGCUCGCUGGCUCAGGAAAUUAAGGAGCUCCGAAGUACUGUGGCUGCGAAUGCCAACCGUAAUUCGCAGCAUCUCCCCACCAUCAUCGCUCAGCCCAUGGCCGAAAGCACUCCACGGCCAUCGGAUAAGCAGUUCCAGAGCGUCGCGCGCCGUUUGUCCCGCUUUGUGGCCCCGGAUGGCCAUUCACAUUCCUCGGACAUGUCAUCCUUCCCAUCGCCGGCGCAGCGCGCCAUCAUGCCGCAGAUGACGGGACAGUCGUUGCAGCCGCAAAUGACCGGCAUGUCCGAAUACACAUCGCGCGUCGUUUCCGACCUCAAGACGCAGUUCGACGAGGUGCAGAACUUGCGGCGCGAUCUCGGCGUCAUGCGCCAGCUUUACACCGAGUUCAUGAAGCAGACGAAGGAUACGCUGGGCACUCUACGUUCGCAGACGCACUCUGUCAAAGAGCUUGCCUCGCAGAACGUCGGCGGUGCACGCGCGUACAUCGACACCGGAAAGACCAAGCUCGACGGCCGCUCGCAGAACGUGCUCACCGAGAUGGACAAGCUGCAGGACGCGGUCGAGGCCGUCAAGGAGGACGUCGUGAAGCGGAACGCGCUGCCGAAGAACAUGUUCUGGAAGAACCUCAGCAAGGACAUCGAGAAGCUCGGCGCGGAGCUCGAGGCGCUGAAGGAGCACGUCAACACGGUCCGGCCGAUGUGGAAGAAGACGUGGAGCGAGGAGCUCGCGAACAUCGUCGAGGAGCAGCAGUUCCUGACACACCAGGAGGAGCUCAUUGCGGACCUGUUCGACGACUUCAAGGCCGUGGGGGAGAUGUAUGGGCAGGUCGACCAAAUCAUCUCCUUGCGCGGCUCUGGCUCUCGGGGCCCGCGCAAGAUGGGCUUCAAGCCGCCGCCGAUGGACGAGGGGCACACUGGGCUGUCGACUGUCAUGCUCGAGAUCCGCGGCGCUGCGGUCGACCCUGAGAAGCGGCUGAAGGCGAUCGAGGCCAGCCAGCAGAAGCGCGAGAAGGAGAUGGCGGGGCGCACGGACGAGCUGCAGGCCGAGCUGCAGGACUUUGUCGGGCAGAAGAAGCUGAAGAUGACGGGCGGGGCGGAGGAGGCGGAGCGCGUGCGGCAGAAGCGGAACGAGCAGACGCUCAAGGCGAUGUUUAAUGGGACCGGGUCGUCUGUCAUGGCCGGUGCGAACGAGAUGGGGGCGGUCGAGCCGUAGUAGUAGUCGUGAGAUCUGAUUCCUAUGAGGGUCUUGAGAUGCGAACUAUCCUCGUCUAUGUUCUGGUUGCGAUUUUUGUGUUGCAAGUACUUAUGUAUGUAGUUUAAACCUUUCGUCUGUACUCAUUUUACGCUCGCUUGCAUAUUCGGCUCUAUGCUACUAUUGUUGACUGAAUGAUAUCUCUCUUCGCAUGUCA